CUCUUACUUCCGGUUCGGCCAUUGUUUUUUGCUUCUACCACCGAGCAAGGUGUUGUGCGCCGAGGCGGCGUCGCAGCGGUACUCCCAGUGACACUCCCCUCACCCUACAUCCCAACUUUGAAAAACAGCUCCUGGGACCUGAAUUAUAGACCAUCAUUUUAAUCAGACAAACUGCUGCUGGAACAAGCUUCUCCUUGGGGUCACAAUGGCCACCCCAGGCAGGGAAACUUUAGGCCUCGUCCCUGGGAGUGCUGUGCUCCAGAAGCAGGAGCCAGGAAGCCAGACCUGGGGGCAAGGCUGCAGCCUCCAAAAGAACCACCUUCCUGUUUGUGAAAUUUUCCGGCUACACUUCAGGCAGUUGUAUUACCAUGAGAUGUCUGGGCCCCAGGAGGCACUGAACCGGCUCCGGGAGCUCUGCCGUAGGUGGCUGAUGCCAGAGGUACACACCAAGGAGCAGAUCCUGGAGCUGCUGGUGCUGGAGCAGUUCCUGAGCAUCCUGCCCAGCCAGCUCCGGAUCUGGGUGCAGCUGCAUCACCCCAAGAGUGGCGAGGAAGCCGUGGCCGUGGUGGAGGAUUUCCAGAGACACCUCAGUGGAUCAGGAAAGGUUUCAGCUCCAGCACAGAAACAGGAAAUGCAUUUGGAGGAGAUGACAGCCUUGAGUGCAACAGAGGAAUCUCUUUCUACUUCACUCAGUAACGGUUCAGCCCCUGGAGCCCACCUGGAGCCUCCUCAUGACCCAGGGGCAUACUGCCUCCCCAAUGGGCACUCCGCUCAUUGUGCUUCCCCAGUGUCUGCCCUUCCCCAAGUGAGGAACAUAGGAGACCAAGCAGCAGAAACUGUGCUUCAGAUGGUCAGGCCCCAGGGGUCUGCAGUGUACAAGUUCCUGUCUGUGGACUACACUGAACAGAAGUGGGAAGAUCCAACAUUGAGUCAGAGAGCCCCGUACCAGAACAUCAUGCUGGAAACCAACUGUAGCAUGGCCUCACUGGGUGAGACUUGGAUGGAAAAUUCAGAGUUGCCUCCAAAGCAGGAAAUUUCUCAAGAAACAGAGUCAUCUAAUGGGACAUCAGGAGGCCUGCAUGGGGUGGUUCCUGAGGGACCAGAAGCUGGGAAUGCCUGUGAAGAUACUUUAAUGAAGCUAGAAGCACAACCCUCAGAGGAGGAAGGGAGCAGACUGGAAAGUGAUUUCUUGGAGAGAACAUGUGAGGAUAAAAACAAAUCUUCAGAAGAUGGAUGUGAUGAGUAUAAGGAUCUUGGGGAACAUAAGAACCUGUCCUGUAAUCCUACAGAACAUCAGAUUCUGAAGACACAGAAAUUAUAUCAAUGUGAUGAAUGUGGCAGAGCUUUCAAUACGAGUACACACCUCACUAACCAUCAGAGAAUCCACACUGGAGAGAAACCCUUUGUAUGUAAUGAGUGUGGCAAGGCCUUCAGGCAGACCUCUCAGCUCACGGCUCAUCUCAGAACCCACACAGGGGAAAAGCCCUAUGAAUGCAGCAAGUGUGAAAAAACCUAUCAGAACAUGUCCAAUCUCAUUCGACACCAGAGAUUCCAUAAUGGAGAGAAACCGUAUAAAUGUAAUGAAUGUGGAAAAGCUUACAGUGCGAGUUACACACUCUAUGACCACCUAAGAACCCAUACUGGGGAAAAGCCUUAUGAAUGCAUUAAGUGUGGAGCAGCCUUUUCUCAGAAUGCAUGUCUUCUCCGACAUCAGUUACUUCACACUGGUGAGACUUGGAUGGAAAAUUCAGAGUUGCCUCCAAAGCAGGAAAUUUCUCAAGAAACAGAGUCAUCUAAUGGGACAUCAGGAGGCCUGCAUGGGGUGGUUCCUGAGGGACCAGAAGCUGGGAAUGCCUGUGAAGAUACUUUAAUGAAGCUAGAAGCACAACCCUCAGAGGAGGAAGGGAGCAGACUGGAAAGUGAUUUCUUGGAGAGAACAUGUGAGGAUAAAAACAAAUCUACAGAAGAUGGAUGUGAUGAGUAUAAGGAUCUUGAGGAAAUUAAGAAUCUGUCCUGUAAUCCUACAGAACAUCAGAUUCUGAAGGCACAGAAAUUAUAUCAAUGUGAUGAAUGUGGCAGAGCUUUCAAUACGAGUACACACCUCACUAACCAUCAGAGAAUCCACACUGGAGAGAAACCCUUUGUAUGUAAUGAGUGUGGCAAGGCCUUCAGGCAGACCUCUCAGCUCACGGCUCAUCUCAGAACCCACACAGGGGAAAAGCCCUAUGAAUGCAGCAAGUGUGAAAAAACCUAUCAGAACAUGUCCAAUCUCAUUCGACACCAGAGAUUCCAUAAUGGAGAGAAACCGUAUAAAUGUAAUGAAUGUGGAAAAGCUUACAGUGCGAGUUACACACUCUAUGACCACCUAAGAACCCAUACUGGGGAGAAGCCUUAUGAAUGCAUUAAGUGUGGAGCAGCCUUUUCUCGGAAUACAUAUCUUCUCCGACAUCAGUUACUUCACACUGGUGAGACUUGGAUGGAAAAUUCAGAGUUGCCUCCAAAGCAGGAAAUUUCUCAAGAAACAGAGUCAUCUGAUGGGACAUCAGGAGGCCUGCAUGGGGUGGUUCCUGAGGGACCAGAAGCUGGGAAUGCCUGUGAAGAUACUUUAAUGAAGCUAGAAGCACAACCCUCAGAGGAGGAAGGGAGCAGACUGGAAAGUGAUUUCUUGGAGAGAACAUGUGAGGAUAAAAACAAAUCUUCAGAAGAUGGAUGUGAUGAGUAUAAGGAUCUUGGGGAACAUAAGAACCUGUCCUGUAAUCCUACAGAACAUCAGAUUCUGAAGACACAGAAAUUAUAUCAAUGUGAUGAAUGUGGCAGAGCUUUCAAUACGAGUACACACCUCACUAACCAUCAGAGAAUCCACACUGGAGAGAAACCCUUUGUAUGUAAUGAGUGUGGCAAGGCCUUCAGGCAGACCUCUCAGCUCACGGCUCAUCUCAGAACCCACACAGGGGAAAAGCCCUAUGAAUGCAGCAAGUGUGAAAAAACCUAUCGGCACAUGUCCAAUCUCAUUCAACACCAGAGAUUCCAUAAUGGAGAGAAACCGUAUAAAUGUAAUGAAUGUGGAAAAGCUUACAGUGUGAGUUACAAACUCUAUGACCACCUAAGAACCCAUACUGGGGAGAAGCCUUAUGAAUGCAUUAAGUGUGGAGCAGCCUUUUCUCGGAAUACAUAUCUUCUCCGACAUCAGUUACUUCACACUGGGAAGAAACCCUACAAGUGCAACGACUGUGGGAAAGGUUUAUCUUCUAAAAGAGAUCUUAUUGACCAUCAGAGAAUUCACACUGGAGAGAAGCCUUUUGAGUGCAAUGAGUGUGGCAAGGCCUUUCGUCAGAAUAGUAAUCUUAUUCGACAUCAGAGACUUCACACAGGUGAAAAGCCCUAUAAAUGCAAUGAGUGUGGAAGAUCCUUCGGUCGAAAGUCACACCUCAUUGCACAUCAGAGAAUUCACACUGGGGAGAAACCCUAUGAAUGUAUUGAGUGUGGAAAAGCCUUCAGUCAGCUUUCUACUCUUAACCACCACUAUCGAACUCGAACUCACACUCGAGAGAAGCUCUGAGGUCUGGCUUCAUCAGGUUCUUAAGGUGUAAGUUUCUAAGACACAGAGCAAGGAACUUUGAAUUAAACUUUAUUUAUAAGAAGGAUGUUUACCCUUAUCCCUUCUUGGAACCAUUAAUCAAAGUGGGCCAUUCCCUAAAUGCUGUCUGUUGGAUCAUGAAGGUGGAGAGUGGGAGGAACAAUGCAAUCCUUCUCCGCUAUUGGGGAAGUGUGGACUACACGUUUCUUGUAUUUGUUGGGUUUUCCCUCCCUCCCUCCCUCCCUCCCUCGUUUCCCUCCCUCCCUUCUCUCUUUUUCCUUCCUCCUUCUCUUCUCUCUUUUUCUCUUUCUUUCUUUCAAUUGUUCAGAAAUGUAUCUCAUUUCUUCAGUAUGCAUCCCAUGAUCAUAUGCUUUUCAAGAACAGAGAUUAUAUCUUAUUCUAUUCCACAUCUCCUGUUUUAUAAAUCAUUCUCCAAGACUCUGAUUCAUUCUUUACUUUCUCUUGGCUGUAUACCUCCUUACCUACUUUUUUUGUUGUGUUAAUCCUCAUCAGAGGAAAUUUUUCUGUUGACUUACUUAUUUCAGAGAGGGAGAAGGAGAGAGAUAGAAACAUCAAUGAUGAGAGAG